AGGGAUUCAAGACAUCAGUGUGUUCCGAGCCUCUGUGUUGUAUGUCCGAACGCCCGUAACGCUGAGGUUGUGAUUUGGUCCGAGAAGUGUUGCAGAGUUGCUGCUGUGAAGAGGGUGUUGUUCUACCCUCUUAACACUUGUAACACUGAUAAUGAGUUUGUGUUCCGUGUAAGAAGUGUUGCGUCAAGUGGAUCUUUCGUAAACGUUGUCUGAGAAGUGUUGUGUCAAAUACUUGUACUCUCGUCAAUGCCGCCAAGCUUGUGUUCCAUUUAAGAAGUGUUGCAUCAAGUAUUGCUAUUGUCAACGUCAUCUAAGUAGUGUUGCGUUAAGAACUACCUCUUGUAGCACUAGUACCAAGUUUGUGUUGCAUCUAAGAAGUGUUACGCUAAGAACUACGACUUGUAACACUACCACCAAGAAGUGUUACGUCACAUACAAACAGUUUUGCGUCAAGUCCUGUCACAUUUGAUACAACUAAGGACUUUGUGUUUCUCAGAAGUGUUGCGCUGAGAACUUCCUCUUGUAACACCCAAGCUUGUGUUCCAUCCAAGAAGUGUUUCGUCACAUACCAAUACAACCUCCACCACCAAGCUUGUUUUCCAUACCAGCACACGAGUGGACCACUAGACACCACCACCAGGGGGCAACAGAGACCCUCAGUAAUGACCCCAAAGUGACCCUGAUCAUCACCACCAACACCACUAGAACUGUCACCAUCAUCACCACCACCAUCACCACCAGCUAGCAGCCACACCGUCAUCUCCUAGCCCCUUCAUCACCACUCCCGUCAUCACCACCACCCCGUCAACAUGGCUCUACAGAUGAACGUGUCGGGCAUUCGGCGGAACCUCAAGAACAUCGCCCAUAAUUAUACAGAUGCGCAGAUCAAGGUUCGCGAGGCCACCAGCAAUGAUCCGUGGGGGCCUUCGUCCACCCUCAUGUCGGAGGUGGCGGACCUGACCUAUAAUGUGGUGGCCUUCACAGAGAUUAUGCAGAUGAUUUGGAAGCGCCUCAACGACCACGGGAGGAACUGGCGGCAUGUCUACAAGGCCCUCGUGCUGCUGGAAUACCUCAUCAAGACUGGGAGUGAGAAGGUUGCCGACCAGUGCAAGGAGAACAUCUUUGCCAUCGAAACCCUGAAGGACUUCCAGUACAUCGAGGAGAACAAGGACCAGGGCAUGAACGUCAGGGAGAAGGCAAGGGCUCUCGUCACCCUACUGAAGGACGAGGAGCGACUGCGUAACGAGCGUGUCCGCGCUCUCAAGGCCAAGGAGAGAUUCGCACAGAGUGUCUCGGGCAUUGGCAGUGACAGCAGACAGGACCGUCACCAAGCCGAGGAGCUGACGAUCAUGUGUGACGGAGAUAAGGACAUAAGCUCUCCCACUAGUCCUACUUACCACGAUACCUACGUAACCAGCACCAACCGGCCCUCGGAACGCAACUCCUUCGGCAUCAAGGACGGCCCAUCAGGUCUGGAGCCGCAGCUUGAGGCAGCCAGGCCACAGACAGUUGGCGAGGAGGAGCUACAGUUACAGCUCGCCCUGGCCAUGAGCAAGGAGGAGGCAGAGCAGGAGGAACAGAAGAAGAGGUCCGAUGAUGUCCGGCUACAGAUGGCCAUCACACAGAGCGAGGAAGACUUCAAGGAUGACGAGAACCCGGGGAGUUUUAACCAAGAUCUCAUAAGGGAGUGCAGGCGGACACAGACAGAAGACGAGUCAGCCAUGAAUGACCUUUUAGAUAUCAAUUUUAAUCCCCAUAGCGGGAUCAACGGAGGUGGAGCACGUCCCGCCUCCACACCCCCCACCUCCACCUCCGCCUCCGCCCUCGACCCUUGGGGGAUGCCGGCCACCGCGUCAAACACCGCCUCCGCUGCGUCUGCUUCCCCGCUACACACCGCCCCUGUCAAGAGCUUGCCUGGUGUAGACUUCUCCUCGUCUCCUCCCCCCGUUCCACCUCUCCCUUCCUUUCCUAUGACCUUUUCCGACGACGCCAAAGUCACUCUCCGUCACUCUAACCCGCCUCUGCUCAACUCCUCUCCCUUGCUCUACGCCACACACCGGCACAAUCGUUCCGGCACGCCCUCGCCUAACCCCUUCCAUGAUUCUCCGUCCCUCCCUCGCCCUACCUCGCUUCUUAUCACAUCCUCCUCUUCCUCGACCACCAGCGCCUCCGUCACACCCUACCGGCACUCCCUCUUCCCUCCCUCCUCCUCCUCCUAUGCUUCCAUGCUCGAGACACCGCUAUCCACUCGCAUCUCCACUUCCUCCACCUUCUCCACCUCCUCAUACACUACCACUCUACUCGGGAAGUCUUGUAGUGACCCGCCUGCGAACGUUUGGGGCCUGGCGCAGACAGACCCGUGGGGCAUGGCUCUUCCUAAUGGUGGCUCUGAAACACCCAACCAGCCUGACCCCUGGGGCUCCCCGGUGUCUGGCCCACCCUCACGCAUGACCUCCCCGCCCACCACCUCCGACCCCUGGGCCCCAGCAAGGUCCCCGGAGCCACCCAUGGGAGGUAUCUGCGGCAAUGACCCCUGGGCAGUGCUGGGGAGUGUGCCGCCCGCGAAGGACCCCUGGGAGCCUGUGGAGAGCAAGCCAGCACCCACCAGGGACCCGUUCUCGCCCCUCACGCCCACAGACAACAGGGACUUAGAUGAGUUCUCGGCCCUCUCCACCAGGGAAAAGCCAACCAGAAACGGCGCCUCCGAUGUCUUCAGCAUGAGUGGGCUCACCACCUCCCUGACGGACAUGAGCCCCAAGGCGCCGCCCCAGAAGUCCAAGUCCCCCGCCGCCUUCCUCGGGGAGAACUCCAACCUCGUCAACCUGGACAACCUGGUCUCCGCCAAGCAGCUCCCGGCAGGCCUAGGCACCACCACCACCAUCACCUCCUCCCCUCUGACCUCCUCCAACUCUUCCUUCAUCAACAACCUCAACAACAACAACAACAACAACAACCUCAACCUCACCACCACCACCACCACCACCAAUCCCUUUGCCUCAGCCAGCCUCCCGCCCUCGUCUUUUACAGGUGUGAACCCCUUCAGCUCCCCCAGCCCCCCCAACCCCUUCCAGGCCCAGCAAGCCCCAAAGCCUUCCAUGAACCAGCUCAGAACAACGGGCAUUGGCGGCAUGGGACUCCCCGCUCAGCCUCCCUCUGGUACAGCCGCCCCUGGUCCGUGGGGUCCGACACCGCCCCCCGCCGCCCAGUCCGUGGAUGAGAACCCCUUCCUUUUAUAAUGGAGCGGGUGGUCGUGGUUCCGGCUUAAGGCUUCUUCAUCCACAUUGUUUUUUUUCCGUUUUCCUCUCUUUUUUUUCAUUUUACAUGGUAGUUCGUAGACUAAAGUUUUUAUUUCCGAUUUGUAAAUAAGUAUUGUACGUAGAUGUUACUCUUUAUAUCACACUGAUUUGUACAGGGUGUGUGUGUGUACGUGUGUGUGUGAACGUUUGUAUGGGGACUUCACCGUGUAUAUGUGUGUGUGUGUACGUGUGUUUGUGAGGUGUGGCUGGGGUGUGGUGUGGCCCAGGCAGAGCAGAGAGAGGGAGGCCACAGCUGUGAAUAGGGGUGAGGUGCGGCCUGGGAUGUGGUGAAUGAGCGGCCCAGAGGUGAUGGUGUGUGGUGAACGAGGAGUGGUGAGGUAUAUGGUCAUUGUUUAGUGGUGAUGUGAUGUGUGGUGAGAGAGGGAGGUGUGUGUGUUCAUAUAUGACCAUGGAAGGUGUGUGGUGAGGUGUGGUGAGCCAGGAAGGUGUUCGUGUGUGGUGAGGUAUAUGGUCAUUGCUUAUUGGUGAUGUGAUGUGUGGUGAGCGAGGGAGGUGUGUGUGUUCAUAUAUGACCAUGGAAGGUGUGUGGUGAGCCAGGAAGGUGUUUGCGUGUGGUGAGCUAUGUGGUGUGUGGUGACCCAUGUGGUGUGUCGCGAUGUGGCAUGUGGCCGGGCAGCCUCCUCCCAGCACUCCGGUGUCCUCACUCACACUAAUUUCUUGGUAUUCAAACUCCUGUGCAAAUAUAUUUCCCGAGAGUUUGAAAUAGGUGAAAAAUUGUAUGCAAUAUUGCCUCUCCUAUUAAUUAUCAUAAGACUACUUUUAUAGGAAGUCCAAGAGUUAGGUGUAAGAGAAUAACUUAUUUAUACUGGAUAUUUUACAAGUGUUUACCUUACUACUACUACUACUACUACUACUACUACUGCUGCUGCUGCUACUGCUACCACCACGCCAUGAACAGUUGCAUAUCAUUCAACUCUUGCGCCGUGAAUGAUGGCACCUCGGACGUAAAGCUGAAAUUCUGCCUCUGUUGAUUUCCUGAGCGUAUUGACGAGAAGGAAGGAAGGAGACCGAGCUAGCUAGGGUGAGAUGGAGAGGUGGAUUAAAGUGAAGGAUUGAGGGAGAGGAGGAAAGGAAGGAAGGUGGAAGAACAAGCUGGAGGGGAAGAGGAGGUAAUGCAAUAAGGAAUUAAGUAUGAGAAGGAAGGAAGGAGACCGAGCUAGCUAGGGGGAGAUGGAGAGGUAGAUUAAAGUGAAGGAUUGAGGGAGAGAAGGAAAGGAAGGAAGGAGGAGGAACAAGCUGGAGGGGAAGAGGAGGUAAUGCAAUAAUUAAUGAAGUAUAAGAAGAAAGAAAACGAGAGAAGGAAGGAAGGAGACCGAGCUAGCUAGGGGGAGAUGGAGAGGUGGAUUAAAGUGAAGGAUUGAGGGAGAGAAGGAAAGGAAGGAAGGAGGAGGAACUAGCUGGGGGGGAAGAGGAGGAGGAGGUACAUUAGUGGUAUGGGUGAGAUGGAGGGGUAGAUUGAAGUGGAGAAGGAUUGAGGGAGAGAAGGAAAGGAAGGAAGGAGGAAGACUAGCCAAAAACCCCAAAACCAGCUCUUGAAAAUUAGUUACAUAAGGAAAAAAAAAUAUAACUAGUUUGCCAGAGUACCCAAGAGGUUAAUUUGGCUAUAGUUGUGAACCUGAAAACAUUAACCAGGAAGAGGAACAUUAGUGGAAGGAAAUGCAAUGGGGAAGGAAGGAGAACGAGCUAGCUGGUAUGGGUGAGAUGGAGAGGUAGAUUAAAGUGAAGGAUUGAGGGAGAGAAGGAAAGGAAGGAAGGAACAUAAGUGGAAGGAAAUGCAAUAAGGAGCGAAGUAUGAGAAGAAGGAAAGCGAGAGGAGGAAGGAAGGUGAAGCUAGCCGUGUCGUGCAUAAGGAAAGCGUUACUAGACAGACCUUACGGCAAAAGAGGUACAUAGACGAGGCUUCAGCUUGGCUUCACACACUCGCAGCAAAUCACACGUUCGGACCACUGCUGCUGCCGCUGUUCACUAAAGACUUUGGGUUUGAGACACUCGAUACAGUUGUGGAAUAUAUACCAUAACAGUUUUUUUUUUAGGUAAGCAUGGCAGUGGAUAUUAGAAUUACGAUUAUUAUUUUUUUUCCCGAAACUUUCUACUUACAUUUUUGUGUGUGUGCGGAAACGGGCGUGGACGGCGAUUCGUACGUAGCAGCGGAAAACGACACUUAAAAAAUGAUAAUUAUUGAACUCUGCAGCUUCGGAAAGUAAAAAAAUAUAUUAUGUACGUAGCAGCGGAAAACGACACUUAAAAAAUGAUAAUUACUGAACUCUGCAGCUUCGGAAAAUAAAAAAAUAUAUUACGUUCGUGGAGUCUCGUCCCUUAUUAUUCUGACCUUCGUAAACUAGGUCGCUCUACUUAGCUUACUUCUUAGAGGGACGGCUUUGAACAGAACUACGCUUGACUGAUGAACAAACAUACGUAGAGUUGUCGCCUGUAGCACGAUGAAAGGACGAGGAGAAAAAACAAGAGCUAGCAUCGUAGCGGAACUUUUUGUACAUACCAGCUGUCGGUCGUUGGUCCUGGUGGUGGCUGUGGCUGAUGCUUACGAUUAUGCUCACACCCAAACCACACCCAGCCAGAGUCAUUCAUAUAUUUUCACAGAACACAUUUUGUAAGGUGGAGAGAGAGGAAUUGGAAAGCUGAGCGAGGUUUCGUUUUCCGCAUUUCGCUUGUUGCCCAGCCAGCCAGCCAGUCAACCAAUCAACCAGUCAUUCAACCAACCACCCGACCCUCCCCCCCUGUCAAAAUUCUGUGGACGAUAAGCCUCGCAUCGCACCCCCGAAAUAAUAUGUGGACGUUACAAUCUAUCCGCCGAUCAAUCCGCCUCAUUGCCUUAGCCUGUUGUCGAGGUUAGCCGGUCCUCAGUACGCCCGACCCCUUGUGUGGUGUUCUUGGCGAUAGUUGUGAACCCCCGAAACAUUACCAUGGUGUUAUGAGAGAAGAAAAAUACUUAUAUCAUGUUGCCAGAGGAUCCGUGAAUUAUUUUGUUGGCUACAGUUUUGAGCCCAGAAAGUUAGCAAUAGAAGAGAAAAAAUUAUCCUGUUUGCCAGAGUACAUGGUAAAUUAAUAUGGGUGUAGUUGUGAACCCCAAAACCUUACCGUGAUGUUACGAGAGAAGAAAAUAAAACAAUGUUGCCAGAGUUUCCGAGCAUUGUUUCGUUGAGUUUUGAGCCCAGAAAGUUAGCGAUAGAAGAGAAAAAAUGAUCCUGUUUGCCAGAGUAU